CGAUGUGGACGAUGGUGUCCAGAUGGUGGUGUGUUGUGGCAGCCGCCGUCUUUGCGUUUUAUCUGCUGGGAGGGCAAUACGACCAGGUCAACAAGGCGUCAGUCACACAACGCAGUGGAUGGAUCUGUGCGCCACUAUCCAUGAUCAGACGACGUACAAUCUGCUCAAAGGAUAUGGCUACGUCGACAACAAGCCGACACCAGGUGGCUGAUGAAUGCACGGGUGGCAUGGAGAGGAGCAUCUAUUUAUUCGUUGCGUCCGCCGCCCCAUGUUGUUGGUUGGUUGGUGGUUGACUCAGGGACGCAUUACGGGUUGGUAGAGAUCAAUGAGUCGCGGCGCAUCUCUGCGGGGCAGCCGACGUCCCUGGAGGCCUCCCACAGCCCGGUGCUGUUUGUGCAUGGCGCGCAGGGCAGCUGGAAGCAGCCGCUGCCGGUGGCUCAGCUCACCAAUGCCGGGCCGUGCUCCUGCUGUCGAGAUGCCAACCAGGCGGCCUACCUCAAGUUCUUCACAGUCGACUUCCACAAUGAGCCCUCCUCACUCCACCCCUCUAUCGUCCAUAACCAGGUCGGUGGGUGGGUGGGAGAGUCAGUAGAGGGAGGAACCAACCGUGGUGGGGGCCAAACAACACACCCUUGGCAGGCCUGUCUAUGGUAGACACACAGACAGCUGUGUAGGAGGACGUCAUACACAUUGACGCUCUCGAUGUGUCUUGCCGUAUGUAGGCCGCCUUCGUGGCUGAUGCCUUGCGCGUCAUUCGCGGGUUGUAUGCCGCUCGCGGGAGGCCAGGGGUGAGGGUGACGGUGCUCGCACACUCAAUGGGAUCCCUAAGCGUCCUUAAGGUAUACAGGUACGUACGUACGUAUGUGUGCCGUACGUAAGUAUCCGCGGGCAGAGGCCGGCCGCCCAUCUAUCUGAUCUGGGUGCUGUGCUGUGCUGGUUGGUGUGUUUUGUCAGGCGCUACAGGACCAGCCGGAGCUCGUCGAGUCUUUGAGUGGUGUAGUGCUCCUCAAUCCGCCGCUGUCGGGCCAUCCGCUGCUCUUCGACCCGGCCUUGGUCACCCUCUUCAACUCGCUCUAUGCUGGGGGGGGUGCAAGACCAGACAGGGAUAGCGGGCAACCACCGCGACAGCUGCCUCUAGUGGUGCUGGCCUCGGGCAUCAAGGAUCGGUCGGUGCCGCCCGAGAGCACCGUCGUCCCACACGUAUGGAGGAGGACGAACGGAUUGUUCAACCCCAUCCACCACGUACGUAAGCAGUCAACUCCCACACACCACACCCGUCGGGCGUCUAAUGCUGCUUGCCAGCUGGCCAGCGAGUCCCUCAGGGGCCGGUGUGGUGUGACCUGGUGUCCGUCUGGUGGAUGGAUGGAUGGAUUGAUGGGUGGGUGGGUGGGUGGGUGCAGGUGAUGACAUCUGACUUGUCCGACAGCCACGUGCUGUUAACACACGUCAACAUCAUCUUCGUCACGCCUCUUCUCCGCCACUACUCCAACAUUCUGCACCUGGUGGCUCGAGGCGAGGCGGACCGCCUCGCCGACUGCAUGGACAUCCAGCACACCCACCUUCCGCACAUUAAAGCACUGAGAUAUGGGAGGUGGUGCGGAUCCGGCGGGUGGGGUGAGGAGCCCUCUCCACACAAGGACCAAACGACCGGAGGCUCUCUGCCUUUGCUGUCACCUGGGCUGGCCGUGUGGGCGAUGGAUGGCGGCGUGCCUGUCACAUUUGAGCACCAUGUUAGCAACGGGACAGCCUUCUCGCUCGUCGUGAAGGAACCACCAGGUCAGCCAUCUACCCAGCCGGGCAAGGGUGGAGCAACCGCAGCGUGUGUAUGCCUCCAUUGGCGUAUGGUUGGUACCAUGUGUGUGUCUCUGUCAGCUGAUGUCAACGCUUCUCUCGCUGAGGGCGGCACCGGGUCAUUUCGGCCACGUGAUCGAAUGCGGUGCGACAGAUACUUCCAUGUGGCUUCGCAACCCAGCAAUCAAGGUAUGGAUGUAUGCAUAUUCGGGCCGCUACAGCGCACCCGGCCGGCUGCUGGAGUAAAGUGCCUGUCUCCCUCCCUCCUCCCUGGUGUGGUGUCUUUCUUGUGUCCGACUUGCUCUCCAGUGUCUUGGUCGGUAGUGCGUCCCCUGAGCCGCUUUUAUCCCUCCAAGAUGUGCUGGUGGGCGGUCGAGGGCCCUGCCAACCUUCGUGUAACCCGACACAAGCAUACCAGCCGGCCGCCGUCUUCGCAAGCCUGGAUGGAGGAGAGCUGCAACACCCAUACCAAGAGCAGUCACACGGGCAACAAGGGCUCCCACGGCGGCAGCGUGUGGCGGUGGCUGUGGUCUGCCAUCUCCCCGCUGAAGAUCAACGUGCCGCCUGGCAGAGCCGCCGUGGGUGUGCCUCUCCCGAUCCCAGAGGGCAUGGGGCAUCUGCUGCCGUGCGACAUCAGCCUGAAUGUGGACGUGGCCUCAACCAUCCAGCGUCGUGCCAAUGGGACCAAUGUGACUGAUGCCCUGGCUGCCGUCGCGGCGGGGCUGGUGCCGACACUCAUGGCAUGGGGACCAUCCACUCUGGCCAUUUUUCGACCGAGACACCUGCCUUUGACGAACGUGCCGCUGGAGCCUCAUGGUGGGGUACAUUUACCAUCGAUGUCGGCGGAUCGUCACGGCAUCCUGCAGCAAGGGAGGGCAAGGGGGAUGAUGGAUGCGGAGAGUGACCCAGAUGUGUUCACACCGAGAUUCCUGCCAGCAAACGGCACGUCUGCGGGCUACACGGUCGGCAUCGUCAGGGACCCUCGUGUGGCUGUCAAUCUUAAGAUUUCUGCCAACUGGAGCACUUUUUGGACCGAGGUGGGGCGGCUCUACUUCCCCUACAUUGCAGCUGCUGCUGUCGGCUAUCUGCUCCUACACACGGCAUCGGUACGCACGCAUGCCUCUGUCUGUCGUCGAUUAAUCGAUCACCGCCUCCCUCACAUGGGAUGUGGUGGAUGGUUGAAUGGAUGGACGGAUGGAUUUCUGCAGGCGGCGUACAGGGCGUUCUGCGUGAAGCCUCCGGAUGCGCCGCGGGCAAGAAAGCCAUUGCUUCAGUGGGCAGGGAAGUGGGCGGGGACCAUAGUAUGGGGGAUGGCAAGCACCCAGCUCACGCACCUACUGCCCGUGAUGGAAUCAACUCUCGACAAGCCCCUCAGCAGCAACCUCUUCCGGCCGCCAAGCCCCCCCAUUGCCCUCCUGGCCUUGCUUCACGCCCUCGGGGUGCUGCUCGCAAACUCUCUCAUCGCUGUGUCGGAGCUGAUACUUUGGAUCGUCACGUCUCCCUGGUGCUGCCCGAUGCCGGGGCGCUGCUGCCGCGCCUUGAGCUGGGUGAUGGGGAAGCUCGUGGGGCCGGUAUUGCUUUUGUUUCUUCUCUUGUUAUCGCCCUCCAUGGCUCUGCUGGGUGCCUUUGUCGCGACGCUGGCGGCCAUGCAUGCAACGGAGUCCAGGAGCGGCAGGUCCCCGGCCGUGGAGUGGCGACUUGGGCUGCUGGCUGGCGUCUUGUUUAUGGUCGUGAUGCGCAUCCCAGCCCUGUCCUACACCUGGUGGCUUAUGGCCUGCUGUCACCUGCGACCAGAAGACACACCGGUCAGUCAGGAAACACACACAAUUGGCAUGGGCGGAAACACAGACAGACAGACAGACAGGCAGACAGAACGGCAGAUGUACAGGCGAACCCAUGCCGUUUGUGCGGGACCCAACCGAUGUGCGAGUGUGUGUGUGUGUGUGUAAUGUGUGUUUCAAUGGUUAAUCAGAUGGAUCUCCCGCCGCAGCAGUUCCGCACCUUGAUGCGAGAGUCCCAGCACGAGCCUACCCUGCUAUUCGAGUCGCCCUUUGUUCUCCGAUACGCCCCACGUGGGGGAGGCGACAAGCAGCUCGCCUUGACUUGGAAUCUGCCAUCCGCUCUUGAGCGGCUGGCAGGCCUCGAGGUGACGAGCACGGCCGAGAAUGACAGCAGGUGGGCCGCUCACCUCACAGCCCUGGUGCCGUGUGCGGUCGCCCUUGUGCUGCUGGGGAUGGGACGGACCCGACGCAGCGGCACUCAGCGACGCAAGACAGAGGGUGGAAAUGGCGCUCAUGGUGGUGUUCCUUGCAGUGGUGAGGCUAUUCGCGGCGGCGCAACGAGUGAGGGCGGUGCGGUACGGCAUCGUGUUGCGGCGAGCGACAAGCGUCCAAACGAUUCGGUUCACCAGCUGAAGUCGGCGUGUGUGGAAGGGCGGGAUCUGCCAUCGGAAGAGAGCUGCAGGGCUGAGAACUCUACCUACUGGCCUCUCACUGGGCUCCUCGCGCUACAGGUAGGUCCGUCGUGAACCAGAAUCACAAACCCACUCGUUAUCGAUGGGUAUGUAUGUGUGACAUGUCCCCACUUUGUAUUUGUGGUGUCUGUCUGGGCGGUAAUGGGUGCUUGUCUGCUGCAGGUCCUGGUGUCUGUGUGUGUCGUGUGGCUGACGCAACAUUGUGGCUAUCGGUGCAUGCUGUGGCUUGAGCUGUCAUGCGUCAUGUGGGCGAUGACGCUCUGGAUGCGAUGCGAUGCGCACACUUUACUUCCAAGGAUGAGUUCAAUUCACGAUAGAUAGAUAGCUUCGUAAGUCAGCCGCCAAGACAGCAUAGCAUGCAUUUCAGUCAGUCCGCAUACGUAUAGAUCUAUCAUCCGCACUACACUACACCCACGCUUGGCCAGGCCACCGAACAUUGAUUGAUUGGACGCAUACCAACCUGUAGGACGAUGAACAGACAGACAGACACGGAUGCAUUCAUUCACUUAUUGAUUGACUUGGACAAAAGACAG